UGCCGAACUGGCGGCGCGGGAGAGACCAAAACACAAGGAGUUCUUUGCAGUAAAAAGGAUUGGGCUUCCUGUGUGUGUGGUUGUCGGCGGCGUGUCUGCCUUUUCAGCUUCUUGAGGCGGAAAUGGAGGACGACUUCAGCCCCUCGCUUACUCCCCCCGUGUCGCCCUUUCUGCUGGACAGUCAGUGCGAGGCGAGCUCUGUCCCGCCGCCGUGCUUCUGCUGCGUGUCCGAGCCGAGCAGGGCUUUCUCCUCUGAGGGCUACAUUACAAGCGGGGCUCUGAAGAGAAUCCUGCUAAGACUGGAUCCUUCCCCAGCUGCAUAUGAAACCGAUACUGUGGAGAUCUUUGGCUUUCUCUGGGUGACUGAAACUGCACUGGUGGAGUCUGCUAAGCUUCUCUUCAGCUUGCUCAAACAAAAAGUACACAGAUUGGAAACCCUGGUUCAGUCCAACACGCAUGAUUUUGGACAGUCUAGUAACCUACAUUUUGAAGCCGAAGAAAUAAGGCAACAAUGUGUAUCAUUUCUUCAAUAUGUAAAAGUGUUCAUUUCAAGGUUUAUGGAGUCUUCCAGUGUUUUGAAUGAUGGACCUUCUCACCCUUAUGAAGAGCAGGAAGCUCAGCUGCCUUCAGGCCUGCUUGAGGAGCUACAUAGUGUUGUUCUUUACAUUGGGCACCUGCGAGAUCUGCCCAGCAACAUCCAGGGGGCCUUUACUAUCCACCAUCAGGGGAAGUUAUUUCCCCCGUCUUGGCAUUUAUUACACCUUCAUCUCGACAUCCAUUGGUCAGUCCUCGAAAUUCUUCAUUUGCUUGGAGAGAAGAUGAUUGGUCAAGUGGUUUAUGCGCAUCAGCUUAUAAAUUUAACUGGAGAGAAUCUCACCAACGACAGCCUCUUUGAUGAACACUGCACCAACCUUCUGUGUGACUUGAUUGGCUUGGCUUUAAACAAGUACAUCAAGGUGAGACCAACUGAUGCUCUGACGAGCUGCCAUUAUUAUUGCAGCUGUACCAAAGAACUCUGGGUAAUGAUUAUCCACCUAUUACAUCACAGAAGUAAAGUGUUCCAUAUGGAGUCCUUCUGGGCCUAUAUAAACAAGUUAUUGAGAAUCCUUCUAAAAGGAGCAAGCCCUGAUACGCUGAAGGAAUAUUUUCCUUCACACUGCAAGGAUCCACUGGGAUUCAGCUGGUGGCUUGUAACACAUUUGGCAGAACUCUCCCAGUAUAGUCAAAACGGGGCCAUUGAGAGAAAGCAGAAACUAGAAGACAACUGGAGUUUUGUUGAAGAACUGCUGAAAUGCUCCUGUGAUACUCAGGUUAAUAUUUUAGAGGAACAGCUACGAAUGUAUGUGCAUUGCUGUUUGAGAUUGUGCCAAUUAUGGGAUUCCAAUGUUACAACUAUUACAAUUCUCUGGGAAUAUUACAGUAAGAGUCUGAAUAAUGUGUUCACCAUCCCGUGGCUGGGCCUGAAGGGUCUAGCGAGUGUGAGCAAGACCCCCUUCUCCAUGCUGGAGCUCGUAAAGAGCUGCUGCCGUGAGGAACAGAGUCCCGAGCUCUACAGGACCUCCACCAGCUUCCACAUCUUCCUUUGCAUCCUGGCGCUCCAGAUGAGGAAAGGCACCACGGGGACUCAUCCCUGGAAGCAGAUCAAAGGGAGGAUAUACUCCAAAUUUCACCAGCGGAAGAUGCAAGAGCUGAGUGAGGCUGGGCUCAUGAACUUUCUGAGCCUCUUCCUGGUGCUUGCUGCCACAGCAGAGAUGGAGGAUGUUGUGAGCCGAGUGUCCGACCUGCUGGCCCUCCUGAGCCCCGCCAGCAUCUCGGUAGCUCAGAGAGCCCUGAUCUGGCGUGGGCAAUUCGCCUUCAUUCUGCUAUACGAGGAAAAAGGCUUAGAUGUGGGUGUCUUGGCAGAGCAGCUCUCCCUGGCCUUCAAGCAGGUGGCUAAAGAGUUCUACCUGAAGACCACAGACCACACACGCAAGCUGAGCCUGUGGACCCUUCUCUCCACAUACAUAGAGGGGGUCCAGGAGGUUUUCGAGACCAGUUCUUACCUGCACCUGUCCGAGGAGAAGCUGCUGAACGAGGGCUUCGGUAUGUUGUUACCAGCCUGCAGGGAGUCUGAACUGCAAACCACGCUUUGUUUCCUACAGACGAUAUUGGCACAGCUCAGGAGUGUUUACAAGCGCUCAGCCCAGUCACUUCAGCAGAGCCACACGGCUGCAGUCCAGAAUGCUCCUACUCCAUUUGUGGCUAAAGAGCGCCACCUAGCCAUUGCCAGUGCACUGUGGGGGAAUUUUUUUCACUUUCUAAAGAGCCUGAGGCUGUCACAGACACCUCCUCCCCAGCUUGCUGAUACUGCUGCAGGUUUCUCGCUGUUGGCGAUGGACUUGCCCAGCUCUGCUCCCUCAGAGCUCCAGCCCCAGCCAGUCCUGGCCAUGAUGCAAAACUUCGGAUGGGAUGAGAUGUUAAACACGCAGCUCGUCACCAGAUACCUCAGCCAUCUCAUUCAAAACAGCGCAUUGGUAGAAUCUGGCUGUGGGUCUGGGACCAGUUCUUUCCAGGCCCUCUCUAUUCGCUCCUGGUUCCGCUGUGUCCUCCAGCUCUAUGUCAACAGGACAGCUUCUGGUUCUGAUAGUGCUGAUACCAGUCGCGCUGGAAAGGGAAAUAGUGGUCAGCUCUCAGAGCUUACUAGACUGAUAUUUAAAUUGCCUGAAAUGGAAUCGCUACUCCAGAGAGCACAAAUAGAGCAGCCGGCUAUCAGGCUGGAGCCCAGACCUGCUCUCUCCCUUUUUAUUAAGGCUGUUGGAAGAGCCUUCGCUGGAUUGCAGACAUUAGCAGAGAAGUCAUCCAUGGUUUCGAAGGUCUUGGAGUAUGUGGGGGAUGUUAUGAAGUACAUUAAACCCUACUUGAUUAAUAAGGGACCUCAAGAAGGACUCCAUUUGGCUUACUGGGCAGUAGGGUGUUUGGUGAAGCAGUGGAGUCCAAUACUGGCCACAUCCAAAGCUCAACAGUUACUGUUCCGCAUAAUUGACAGUCUCCUCCUCCCUCAUGCCCUGUUCCAGCAGGACAAAGGUCUUCCUCCGCAGGUUCUGUCUGCAGUCAAGGAGAGCCUCCCUCUCUACCUCCAGGGUCUUUCUGUGGCGUCAGCUCUGUCCCAGCAGCAGGGGACUUACCUGAAGCAGCAGCUCCGCAGUGUCAUCCAGCAGUACCUAGGCCGCUUUCUCCCAUCUUCCCCCUCUGGCUCAGCCAUCGCUAACCACCCAGUCCUGCUGGCCAUCUGCGAGACCACAGCAAGCCCCAGGAUCAUCCCUCUAAAGAACGCCGUUCUCCAGGUUACAGUUGACAGUUACAUGCAGUUCAAAGGCCAUGCACCCCCAACGCGUUUGGCGUCUGUGCUGUCGCUCCUCCACGAGGUGCUGAGAAGAGCCAAGGACAGCGACCCGGCUUUCUACACUGGCCCCCUGCCAGCAGUGCUCAAGUGCUUGGUUCUGGUGAAUGAGCCCCAAGUGAAAAAGCUGAGCACAGACACACUGCAGCUUGUGGUUGAGAGUUGCCAUGCAGCUGCAGCAGAGCGGCCCUGCUCCCAGCUGAUUGCUGUUUUAAGGCAAUUUAUUGAGGAGCAUAUGUGGGUGUAUGACCAGCAAGUGUUCAGUAUCCUAGAGACUGUGGCAGUUCUGGACCAGCCUGUGGUUGUCAGCCUUAUACCUACCAUGUCUCUCUGUCUCAGGAACUCAGAACAUAAGAGAGGUCUGGGCAAGAACACUGCACAGAGAAGUGCCUACAGGAAGCUGCUGUCUCACCUUGGGGAAAGUGGUCAAGCCGAGAUUGUCAGCUUUGAUAAUGACUGACAGCAUCAUCGAUCAUUUGAAGCCAACAGUACAAGACAGUCCAGGACCCAUUCUUCUGACUUGCAUUGUACAUUUCUGUUUUGUUAUUUAAAAAAAAUCUCACUACGUUUUUAACAAUAGGAUUAUGAAAUAUUAAGCACAAUUGCAGCACUGGAAAUUUCUAACCUGCAGGAAAGACUACAAAAAUGUAGACUGUAGGUGGAAUUUUAGGUCCAAAGGCAUAUGCAUUAUGUCCUUCUGAGACUUGCGCUGGUAAAAUAAGUCAUAUUUUAUAUAUUUCAUUUAAAAGACCUCGAAUUCCUUUCUUUGUGAUUGUCAGAUUGAGUUAUUCUGGCAUAUAUUGCAUUGUUUGUGAAUUAAUGUUCAUUUUGAAUUAAGUUAUUUUUCCUACUUAGAUGUGUUGCCUAACUUGUCUAUUUAAAACUAGGGCUGGAUGGAGACAGACAUUGUAAAUACCGUAUUCCGAAAACCAGCAAACAACAGUAUGAGAAAAAUAUUAGAUAUGGAUGAAGAAUUGGAAUGAGGUGUAAAAGCAUAAUAAAAUUUCAAAACCCUGGGGCAAAAUGGCAUGCUCAGUCUCUACUGUUGGAAAGAAAAGGCUCAGAGGAGAUACAGCUAUGAACAUAUGCAAAUGUUUAGACGUCCGCUAACACGGGGCCUUCCGUGUAAACAGGGAAUACCCUGAGAAUCUCAAAUCAAGCUGCCUUAUAAAUUAUGUAUUCUCUGAGCCUGGUUUGAUUCUUGUGAAAUCUGAUUACAGCAAUUUCUUAGAUUUAUUGGAGAACACGGUACGACUAAAUUUAGAAGUGCAGUAUAAAUUUCUCUCUAACUAGCACAAAAGUGCUAGGACUUUACUGUUUGAAUACAUACUUUAGAUGCACAAUUAAAGGGUUUCAUAAUGCGAACAGGCCUUCUGAGUGGGAAGUAUCCAUGGGUUGCCUGCCUGUGACUGAAGCUGUAAUGGCUCGUAACCAUCUGUAACCGGGUGCCAGUCUGGCCUUUGUCUUGAGUGACAGAGGCUGAGAUUCUUGAACUGGUGGAGUGCAGGGCGGCUCAGCUCCAGCAGGGUGGGUGGACUAAAGAUGCAGUGUGGCCUCAACUUGCUGUACAACUGGGAGCUUGCUGUGUUGUUGGUGAUCUUACCUGCAAUCACUGGUUAUUCUGCUGAAAACACUGCAUGAUCCCAGCAUGAGGAAUGAUGGAAGGCUCUUCCAACCGUAUUUGGACAGCAGUCUCUCUCACCCCCCACUGUGUGUACCCGGGAUGAGGUGUUGUAGUGGCAAAACUGAUUCAGUUAAAAUUUGUUAAAAGUGGUUAGACUGGUAAGCCUAUUCAGCAGGCAGACAUGCAAAGGAACAACAAGACGUCUGAACACUACAUGGAAAAAAAAGGGCUGAAAAGGGCUCUGUAACCGACUGAAAUGUUGUUGUUUUUUCCUUUUCAGGUAAAAUUAGCAAAAUUCGUGCUACAGUAAACAUCUGUUUCUAUGACAAAAAUGUGAAGGACCAUGUGGUUACCACAGCUAAUACACAGCGCCACCUAGUGGCACACAAGAGUUAGUCCUCCAAUCUACAUUUAAUUUCCACAUGAUAUCAUGUUUUAACUAUGCAUUUCUUUAAUGUAUGUAUCAACCACCCAUAAUUAUUAGCUAUUUAUAGCAUGUCAUCAUAAUACAUUAUUGAAAUACAAAAAUCCUAAAAGUAAUCAUUACAGUUCUGCAUGAAUAAAGAGUAAAUGUGUCCUCCUAAAUUGCACGUGCAGCUAUACAGUGCUGUUAGUGAGGGAUGCUCCUCUCCUGCACUCAACACUGAGCCUCCAGCUCAGGCCAGUGUAGUCUGAGAGGGGUCUGCCCACACUUCCUCCUACUCCCGUGUGCAGAUCCACACUUCGGAGCUCGAUUGCGAUUGAGAAAUGAAAAACGCACAUUUGGUUAAUAAAAAUAACUGAUCAUUCUAAACUUAUAAAAAAGAGAAAGAUUAAAAUUUAUGGUUAUGACAUUUUAUUUAGUAAUUGUCAAAGCACACUCAAACUCACACAUAGUGAUGUGAUGUCGUUUGUAAUGUAAUUUUUAAUGUCUUCAUUAUGUCAUCUGUUGUGCAAUUUGUCAUGUAAGGAACCAUACAAGUAACCAUUUUAUUGUACACAGGUACAUACGACAAUAAACGUGGGCUUGAACCAAUUUUCCUAAACUAUCAUAAAACAUUUGCAUCGAUCUAGAGCAUAAGCUGUAAACGGUUUAAUUUUAAAAUUUUAUUUUUAGCACUUGUUGCCCUUCAAAGUAGAGGCUGUUCAUGAUACCCUACAGUGUCGGAAAAGAACAUCCAGUUUACAGUACCUGGAAGCAUAAAUGCAUUCACCUUAACCUGCCUGCUCUUUAUAAAAUGUUAUUUAAAUACAGUCAAAGCUGGUGUACUUCUGCUUGUGAAUGAAGAGGGAGUGCACUGUUCAAAGACAAGAAGCACUUUUUUCACAAAAUAGUGAAUAGUACUUUGAUAAUAUAAGUGAUUUUUUAUUGUUCUCAUUUUUAUGGAUUUACUUUUGUAAUUAGAGCCUUCUUUUGGACUAAAGAAAAGACAUUGUUAUUUAAAUAUUGGGUGAAGUGGAAAAAUCAUAAUCACUUAGUAUUCAAGAAAGUGAAGGGGUAAUUAGUUCCUGUCUUUAUUUGACAAGAAAGGAGUCGCAAUUACAUAAGUAUGUUUUUUUUUUUUUCAAAAAGCUCUCAUGUUUACAGUUUCUGCCUGUUAGAGAGACAAUAUGGCACAUGGACUCCAGUUGCUCGGGCUUUGUUUUCUCUCUUACUUCCUUCCUGGAAGCUGAUGCCUUGGGUCAAAUUGGCAUUUCAUGCACAUAAAGGCUGUCUUUUAUAUUAACCCUUGAGUUCAAUAUGGAUAAUUUCUUAUUCAAUGUCCCGCAACACCUAGAUCCGUGUUGAGAGUUUUAUUGUUUUCCCAUUUUUGAUCUUUUAGGGUUAGUCAUAUCAUAAGAUAUGAAAAUAAAAUGGCAACAGGAAUCGCAUGAUAUCACACUUUUGCUUUAUUUCAAAGAGAAUAAUAACUGUGCAGCAUUAUGAAAUUAGGAAUAUCAUGAGAUGGCAAGAGAGUUUUGUUUAUAUAUUGCUAUGUUGAGAUGUUAUGAUAACUUGGAAUUGCUGGAGGUGUGCCUUAAAUGGUUUGACUUUUAUGUGCCAUUCAUGUUUUUUCUCUUUUUAAAUGUAUGGAGUGAUUGUAAGAGCAAUUAAUUUAUUUCAAGUCUUCAAGUUUAUAACUUCUGUUAGCGGAUGACGUUCGAUGUUAUUUAACAUUCUGAGCAAUGUCAAAGGGGUCAUCUGUAUAAGAAGGCAUUCUAAAGCAUGUACACCUGAUUCCAUUGUCCAAUUCUGAAGUGGAAGUAUUAUGGAAAAAUGUCAUUCCUGAAAGAAGGAAAGACUUCUUUUCGCAAAGAGUUGUGGGGGUGUGGAGCUCCCUACAAAGUCCUAUUUUUUUCUUGUUUCCAAUUAAAUAGCCAUUAAUGCAUGUAUAAUGAUUUCUGUCCAAAGGUUCCCAUAAUAUAUAAAAUUUUAUCGUGUGAAUAAAUUUAGCUGGUUAAAUAAUGCUGCAUUAUUUACCAGUUUUAUGUAACUCUUUAUCCCCUAAGCAUAAAUUUA